CAAGUCUUUGCCAUGAAAUCUUUCGGUCCGCUGGACUGGAGCGAUUCAGCUGUCUUGUCUCACAUGGCCGAUGCGAGGAUGCUUGCGACUUUGCAUCGCCUAUACCUGAAGCAACACACUCAUGCCUUGCCGUAUAACACACUCAUGCCUUGCCGCAUAACACACUCAUGCCUUGCCGUAUAACACACUCAUGCCUUGCCGUAUGGUGGAGCGCGGCGCGCGGGGCUUGCCAGACGUGCCAUCCGGAGACCGUCGCGGCGAAGUGCCUGUCUUGGCUCGAAGCUGCACUCCAAACAGACUACUCGGCCAAAGGGCCAAUUCGGAAAAAGGUGCAGGUGAACCGGCGAAAAGGAGACAUGGAAUCGCGAAUCGUGAUCGAAUCUUCACGCUUUUGGAAAGUCGCAGUUCGACGCCGGGGGCUGCAGCGUCCCUGUAUCAGCGCAUUCAGCAGCAGCAGUAGUGUGUGUACCACGUCAAAGACGACGCUAGCACGCGCGAAACAGCGCUAGUGUCAGAGUCGCGCAUGCAGUUUGUUCUCCCGAGGCUAAUGCGUGGGUAGGUAGGUAGUAUUCGUUUAACGUGAGUAGCUGUACGGUCAGGAUCAAAGAAGAGUCACAAUCAACGUUCGUAAGAGUCGUGAGU